UUCUCUACGGUAUUCUACAGUUGUCUUGUACAUUUACUGGUGUGUUGUGUGUCUGUCUCUGUCUAUAUCACUGUAUCUCUUUUCUCUCUCUAUAUAUCCUCUGGAACAAAAAACGUUUCAAUUUAGUCUCCACUUUCCCCACAUUAAAGAGACUGGCUUUACCAACCAUGGAAGCUUUCAGUCUGCUUAAAUACUGGCGCAACAGCGGCGGUGCCGGCGAUGUCACCGCCACCGCCGCUGACACGCGAGCCGCCACUAAGACUAUUGUGGCGGGGCCUGCCGCCGUUAGUCCGUACUCCUCCGACGGAGAAGACGGGCCUUACUUUGACCUCGAGUUCGCCCUUCCUGACCAAGAAAGCGACGCCGACGAAGACCCGACUGAGGAGAACGGCGAGAAAGUCGAGAAAUUGGAAAAUGGAGACGAAACUGAAAGUGGGUCCGACGGGGAGGUUAUAUCGCUGCAGGAAGACGACGACGACGACGACGAUAAUGAUGAUGAUGAAGAAGGAGAGGGGCUGAAAUUCGCCGUCGCCGGCGGCGACGAUUGUACGGAUCAACAUGCGGCGGUCUCCCUCUCCCCUUCCGAUGAGCUUUUUUUCAAAGGGGAUUUGGUAUCUAUCGAGCCUUCGAGUAUUUUGCUGAAUGGGUCUGAAGAGAACUCGAAGAUUCCUGUGUUUCUGCUAAAAUCGGCCACUAAAUUCCGAGUGCUUUUGCUGAAGCUCAAGAAAUCGAAACCCGCCGGCAAUGGAGAGAAGGCUGAGGAAGGAGGGAAAGAAACUCAGGGCAGUAAAGUGAAUGGAAAGCUUUUUGCCGUCAAAUUCAAGGUGGAGGAAGUGCCGAUAGUGUCGCUGUUCACCAGAGAUUCGAGCUCGAAAGAAAGCCAUGGCAAAGCGCAGAAGCACAAUGUCCAUGUCAGUGUCGAUGUCGAAUCUGAUUCGGCAUUGGAGGAGAAGAAGCUGACCAAAGAAGUGGUGCAAAAAUACUUAAAAAUGGUGAAACCUUUCUACGUCCGCGUUUCCAAGCGUUACGUCGAGAAGCUCAAGUUUUCCGCCGUCACCAAGCCCAUGCCGCCGGCGCCGGCGCCGUCACCGAAAUCCGGCGAACCAGCGCCGGUGAAAAAUGUGAAGACUCAGCCGAAGCAGGUGGGGAACAACCUCCAGGCGGGGCUGAAGGUGGUCCGCAAGCGCCUCGGCAAAAGCCGGUCCGCCUCCUGCGCCGCCGUGGCGGCGCCCCCGCCCCCGCCUCCGACGGCGUCGAACCGGCGCGACGACUCGCUGCUGCAGGUCCAGGAUGGGAUUCAGAGCGCCAUUCUCCACUGCAAGAGAUCAUUCAAUGCCACCAGAGAUGGAGGAGAGCCCUCGUCGUCGUCAUCAAUCCUCUGCCGCUCGGUCAGCGAUCCAUCGUAUCAAAAAUCAAAAGCAGCAGCAGCUCCAUCAUCGUCUUCAGCGGCCAUGGGAGCACCACCAGCAGCAGCAUAUUAGAUUCUCUCUCGUCCUAUCAUAAUUUUUAAGGUAAUUAAUGUAAAUACUAGUAGUAUAUUAAAAAAUUACUCCAUUAUAUAUAUAUAUAUAAAAAUAAAUUGAAAAGCAGAUGAUUAGGUCAAAGUGCUAGAACUAGCUAAAGGGAAAAAAGCACCUCCGGUGAGAGAUAGGGUAAGAGAGAGAGAGAGUAGUAAUAGUGUAUUAGUAUUAGUAUGAUCAUGGUACUGCAACUGCAAAAAUCAAGACUGUCUUUUUCUAUUAUUUCGAUUUGCGUGCCGGAAUGGAAUCACUUGAAUGAGUAUUGAAUUAUUA